AUGUCCAUGACGUCAUCGCGAGGAUACGAGGAAAUGAAGCAAUACUGGGACAAAAACAGAGAGUUGAGACGCCCGCUGUCUCCCUUCCUAAGAUACAAGCGAGUCCAAAGUGUGCAUUUGUGUCAGGGGGUAUCUGUCCUGCUGUUGUGUCUCCCAGAGGGCUACCCCUACUAUCUACAGAUGAUCAAGGACUUGUCCCUGGGCCCGGCUAUCAUCACUGGGAUGAAAUACACACUAGCUCUGCCUGUCACAUACCACUUCCUUAAUGGAAUCAGGCAUUUGGUUUGGGACGCUGGUUAUGGAUUUGGGAAGAAAGACAUGUACACCUCGGGUCACCUCGUUUUAGUGCUGUCCCUCGCUAUAUCAUCCAUGUUGGUGUUUAUGCUUUGA